CGGAGCCAGGUGCAGGAUCAUCUUCCGUAAGAAAAUAAUACGACUUCGUGCCACGAAGUAUGAUAAGCGAAGUCAUCAAGAAGUACAGUUCUGUCGCGGGCGCAGGUAAAAAUAGGAGACGAUAUAAGCGCGUGAGGAUCUAGAAUUCAGCAUCAUGUGAGCAUCAAAAUAGAUGAUCAUUAUGCGAGAAGAGGCACGACCACUGUCUUUGUCGUGCUGGCGGCCUCUUGUUUUUUGGUCUUUUUUGUACUGGCGGGAAAGAACGGAAAUUACGGCACCAAAGGAACAAGAUCAUGCUGCGAUGGAAAGAGAGCUGUAGCUGCGGUUGCAGCAGGUAAUCACUAAUUGUUUUCGACGAGCGUCAUGUAGUUGCUUUUCAUAUCUCGAAAAGGAGAAACAUGCCCUUGGUCGCAUCGGCGCCGGCCGGAGGUGCGCGAAGGAAUUUGUCAAGCGCGGUGGACAGUUCCUGUUUCGCGGCGCUGCAGCACCCCGUGAAUACGUUGCGUUGCUUCGUGGUGUUUGUGCUACUCGUCGCAUCCUUCCUGCCCGCCUACUCGACCGACCGCCUGGUCACCAAGUCCUCUCGGUGCGCGGGGCUGGCCACCGGGGUGGAACUUGUGUGGCAACCAGUCAAGCAGUUUUGCUUCGCGUUCUUGGCCCUGGACCUGUUUGGCUUCGUGCUUUGCGGCCGGAGGACAUCUUCAACGGGCACUAUCGCAGCAAGCAGCGCAACCUCGUCUACCAGUGGCGCAGCGGCAAGAGUAGCGGCGGGGUGCAGCAGUACCCACACGCGAUGGUGGGGGCGAAGAGAAAAGCUUGUCGUGCGGCUCACCAUGCUUUUCUUUUGGCUGUACGCGCUCUACGGUUGCUACGUGUACGGGGCUAUGCAUUUUUGCAAAUAUCAUGUGUGGCUCUGGAAGAUUGAUGCCAGAUCUGUCACGCCUGUCCGACAUGACUCUGAACGAAGACAAAGAACUCUGUGACGCCUGAGCGCGAAAAAAUCUCUUUUUUGGUAUGCGGAGUAUGCAAAGCAUGGCAGAGCAAAAGCUUGUGGCCAAAAACAUUCAGGGCUGCGUAACAUUGCAGUGUGACUAUCGAUCAAGAUAAAUGUUAGCACUUUACAAGGUAGUUUCCAGACCCAGGCACCUUUGCAUUCGAUGAAUGCGGGCAUAGCGGAGUCCAGGUUCAAAUGCUGGAACGGACCAAUCGUGGUACUGAAGUCUUGUCGUUGAAAUUUUUUCUGUUGAAACAAGUUCCACAGCAUUGAUUUUUUUCAGUUUCUAUUCUGAUUCGUGUGCUUGUUGAAGAACUUUAUUCUUCGUUCGUGCUCCUGAGGUGGCGCAAAUUUGCAAUGGUUGUACGAUGAUGAAAGUGCGUUCUUCUCGAUCAUCUUCACAACGCGAAUAAACCUAUUACCACCAGCUGACCAUCCUUGCCAUCUGGGUCUUUCUGAUGUGGGUGCCGGUAUGGUGGGCCUUUUUCGAGCAAGACCGAAUCUCCGCGACAAAUUCCGUAUCCCCAGUAAAAAUGUCUCCGCCACGUAGUCAAGGUUGGAAAUCUGCUAAACAAAUCCAUAAGUUUUGGCACGGUCGCAUGACAAUUUUCGGUUUACUGCAGAGUGAGUGGUCUCGGCGAGCUAGGUCAACCGCAUCACAAAUUGAUCGUCAUACUUAUCCCGCUUAGAGCAUGACAAAAUCCCAAAUACCAGCAGAAAGCUCCCCUUCGGGGGUAGUCGCGCAUGACACGCAGUCUGAGCAUGUACAAAUUUGCAUGACAAAUAAAACUCGGAGCUGCAGCUGGGGAUGUUUUUACGCAGGAUAUUCCGCCUCCUCGCGCUACGUGAUCCAGGAAGAUUUAGAGGACGAGUUGCAGGACCUGGAAGAGAACCCGGUGUCGUAUCAGGUUUGGCGUAGCGGAAAGAUGCUGUACGCCAGUUUGACCAAAAGCGAAGUUAGGAAGUGGCUGGUCGCGAACCAGGCAGACCGAUGGACAGAUUGUGUGGUCAGAGAAGUGCAGCUCUAGCGAAGUGCUGUACUACAGCUUCAACAAUACAAACGAAGGUGCAAAACAUGUAAGUCCUUUUGUUUCUGUGCGGGAACCACAAUCCACAGAUUGAGGGAAAAUCGCACACGACCCAUGGGAGGAUUCCUCUGUCGUGAAAGAUGCCCCCGUCGUGAUUGUAGCGCGUUGUAU